AUGCCAGAACAACUCCCUGUUGGCGCCUACACACAUCUCAACUUUGCCUUUGCCUUUAUUGAUCCCAAGUCAUUCAAGGUUGCCCCCAUGAGUGCGGCCGACACAGAGCUGUAUUCACGUUUCACGGGCCUCAAAGACUCAAACCCCGGGCUACAGACGUGGAUCUCGAUUGGCGGAUGGUCGAUGAAUGACCCAGAUCAGCCAACGGCCACAACCUUCUCUGACCUGGCGGGAUCCAGCAGUGCCCAAUCGGCAUUUUUCAGCUCGCUGAUCUCCUUCCUUCAGACAUGGGGAUUCGACGGCGUUGACAUCGAUUGGGAGUACCCCGUUGCAACUGAAAGGUCUGGGAAACCACAAGACUUCCAAAAUUAUGUCUCGUUUUUAAAAAAUCUUCGCUCGGCUUUGGGAGGCAGUGGCCACAACUACGGGUUGACGAUCACAGUCCCUUCAAGCUAUUGGUAUAUGCAGCACUUCGACAUUGUGGCAAUUGAGAAGGUGGUGGAUUGGUUUAAUGUGAUGACAUACGAUUUACACGGCACAUGGGACUCCACAGACAAGUUUAUCGGGCCGAUUGUCAAUGCCCAUACUAAUCUCACGGAGAUCGAUCUGACCAUGGACCUGUUCUGGAGAAACAAGAUUGAUCCGGAUAAAAUUGUAAUGGGGCUGGGAUUCUACGGCCGAAGUUUCACGCUUUCUGACCCCUCCUGCACUAAGCCCGGCUGUGGAUUCAGUGGAGGAGGGAACCCAGGAAAAUGCUCUGCCAGUGCCGGGACGCUCAUGUAUUCAGAAAUCCAAGACAUCCUGGCGGCUGGAGCGAAGGCGACCAUGGACAAGGAUGCAGCAGUGAAACAGGUCGUCUGGGAUAAUAACCAAUGGGUGUCAUUUGACGACGAGGAGACUCUCAGGUUGAAGACCGACUACGCCAAUGGCAAAUGCCUGGGCGGUGCUAUGGUUUGGGCUGCAUCUACCGAUGACACGGUAGGGUCUGCGGCCCAGGCAUAUAUCAAGACCAACGGACUGGUCUCUCGUAGCCUCUUCGGGGGCGGGGCGAAUCCCAAGGAGGAGGAUGUCCUCUCGGCCUGUAUCUGGGGUGAGUGUGGAAAGGACUGUCCGGAUAACUCUCUCCCAGCACAGCGAAGUGAUGGUAAAAACCGCGGAAAUGCAGGCAUCUACACGGGUUGUAGUGAUGGCCAGACCAGGAACUAUUGCUGCCCGAAAGGCCAGGAGGUGCCAACAUGCCAAUGGCGUGGAGGUGCGCCUUUCUGUGACGGAAAAUGCCAUUCAGGCGAGGUGCAAGUCUCGUCGGACACCAGUGCUACAGGCAGCGAGUGCUGGACGGGCCAUAAGGUGCUGUGCUGCACUUCAACCAAGUCGGAUGCCGGUAUAGGACAGUGCAAAUGGGAGGGAUCUGCGCCCUUCUGUGGCAAGCACGGGAGAGUAGGCGAGCAUUACGGAUGCGACGAAUCCGACCGCUACGAAGAGACAUACGAUUCGUUGGGUGCUGGUGGUGAAGAGUAUUGCUUUUCAGGCUACAAAUCCUUCUGCUGCACCAAACCUCCUCCCUUUACGGGAUGUGGAUGGUAA